CUUCCUGCACAAAUUACGCCGUAGUUCUCGCGAGAUCUGCGUCCUGUCCUUUUUCCGCGGACCCAGCGCCGAGAUGUCUCUCGUGAUCCCAGAGAAGUUCCAGCACAUUCUUCGUGUUCUCAACACGAACAUCGAUGGUAGGAGGAAGAUCGCCUUCGCCAUCACUGCUAUCAAGGGUGUUGGUAGACGAUAUGCCCACGUCGUCCUGAGGAAGGCAGACAUCGACCUCAACAAGAGGGCUGGAGAGCUCACUGAAGAUGAGGUUGAGAGGGUUGUGACAAUUAUGCAGAAUCCUCGCCAGUACAAAAUCCCUGACUGGUUCCUGAACAGGCAGAAGGACAUUAAGGAUGGCAAAUACAGCCAGGUCCUGGCCAACGGUCUGGAUAACAAACUGAGAGAAGACUUGGAGAGGCUGAAGAAGAUCAGGGCCCACCGUGGUCUCAGGCACUUCUGGGGUCUGCGUGUGCGUGGUCAGCACACUAAGACCACUGGCCGUCGUGGACGUACCGUCGGUGUGUCCAAGAAGAAGUGAUCGCCCUCCCUGCUCCCCUGGUAUCAAUAAAAUCACACUGUUCAUAAAAAAAAAGCCCCUCUUUGUCCUUGUUUGUGCUCUUUGGCUCGAAGCCUCUUCAGGGUAUCUACAGGUCUCUUAAAUGUCUGUAGCUGAACUGAAUGGGAUUUAAAAGCCUAAAAAUGUUCUACUAGGUGUGACGCACUGCUAGCUUUACACUGAAAUGCAGAAGUAAACAGUAGCUUUAUCUGGAAAUGCAUGCUCUGUGUGGUUCAGUUCUACGUUAUUGUGUAAGGUUCACUUUGGCGUCAUUUCAAGUGAAGGAAUAA